GGGACUGCGGCGGGACGGAGGGGACAUGGGGAAGGACCAGGAGCUGCUCCAGGCCGUGAAGACCGAGGACUUGCUGACAGCUCAGCGGCUCCUACAGAGACCACGGCCGGGGAAAGCCAAGCUCCUUGGAGCAGCAAAGAGGGUGAAUGUCAACAUCCAGGAUGCAGACGGGUUGUCGCCGAUUCACCAUGCUGCUCUGAGCGGCAACAAGGAGCUGAUCUCCCUGCUGCUGGAGGCCCAGGCUGCAGUGGAUAUUAAAGACAAUAAAGGGAUGCGUCCUCUGCAUUACGCUGCAUGGCAGGGGAAGACUGAACCAAUGAAAAUGCUGCUGAAAUCCGGGUCGUCAGUCAACGGACAGUCAGAUGAAGGACAGAUCCCUCUCCACCUGUCAGCUCAGCAUGGACACUAUGAUGGGUCGGAGAUGUUGCUGCAACACCAGUCCAACCCGUGUAUCUCAGAUGCAGCUGGGAAAACACCAUUGGACCUCGCCUGUGAAUUUGGACGUGUUGGAGUGGUGCAGCUCCUGCUCAGCAGUAACAUGUGUGCAGCCAUGAUAGAGCCCAAACCCUCCGACCCCAACGGAGUGUCACCUCUGCAUCUCGCUGCCAAGAACGGACAUAUUGAUGUCAUAAGAUUGCUGAUUCAGGCGGGUAUAGAUAUCAACAGACAGUCCGAGUCUGGCACAGCCCUACAUCAGGCUGCCCUCUGUGGGAAGACGGAGGUAGUACGCCUGCUGCUGGAUAGCGGCAUCAGUGCCGGAGUGAGAAACACUCUGAGUCAAACCGCGCUGGACAUCGUGAACCAGUUCACCACCACACAGGCCAGCCGAGAGAUCAAGCAACUACUGAGAGAUGCUUCGGCUGCAAUGCAAGUGCGAGCACUGAAGGAUUACUGCAACAACUACGACCUAACCAGCCUCAACAUUAAAGCCGGGGAUAUUAUCACGGUCCUGGAGCAGCACUCUGACGGGCGGUGGAAGGGCUGCAUUCACGACAACCGCACAGGAAACGACCGCGUGGGCUACUUUCCCUCCAACAUGGUGGAAGUCAUCAAGAGGGCAGGCAACUCCCCCUCCCUGCAGUGCCACACCCUCCUGCUCCGCAGGCCCAACCCCUGUCCCAUUGCCUCGCUCAACGGGCACUCAUACCCCCCCACCAAGGUCCUCCCCCUGCAUCUGCCCUCCCCUCCCAUCACUCACACCAAUGCACAGUCCCCCCCUCGGUUCUCCUCAUUCGGGUACGUUCCUCUUCCCAUCUCUCCUCCUUCUCUGUCCUCUCCUCAACUGUCCAUUCCUCCUCCUCCUCCUCCCCCUCCUCCUCCUCCUCCUCUCUCCACUUCUCAGGAGCAGCAGAGUCAGACAGGUUCUCGGACUGCAGAGCCGAGUCCUCAAGGUUCUCCAACCCUGGGACACCAGAGCAGCACCAGUGAGGACAUCUGGGUGCUGCGUAGACCUCUGGCAGGUGGCGAGCGCAGUGGCAGCGUGGGCAGUCUCGGCAGUAUCCGGUCAUCAACCAGCUUGCAGAGCUCUGGAAACACACACGUUCUCACCACCCCUGCACCGAGUCCACAUCCCUGCACCCAGUCGACAACAGGAGUCAACACACACGGCCUCAACGCUCCGGGCCUGCACGCACAGGCUGAGGGGGUAAAGCUCCUGGCCACUGUGCUUGCCCAGUCGGUUAAAGCCAAGGAGCAUCUCCUGGAGCAGUCGCAGUCUGUUGAGCAGUCAGCGAGCUCCUCCAGCUGCACAGUUCUCGAACAGCGGCCGUUUGAGCGGAAGGCAGAGGAGGAUGAUGGGAAAAAGCAGGCAGUAGUGGCGUGGCUGGGUGAGUUUCAGCUGCAGUUCUACACCACCCACUUCCUCACCGCGGGAUAUGAUCUAGACACCAUUAGCUGCAUGACCCCCGAGGACCUGACGGGGAUCGGGGUCAUGAAGCCUGGACAUCGGAAAAAGUUAACGUCAGAGAUCAGCAAGCUGCCGUUUACCGACUGGCUGCCGGACCACAAGCCUGCCAAUCUGGCAGAGUGGCUGUCUCACCUGGGUCUCAGUCAGUACUACCAGGUUCUGGUGCAGAAUGGAUAUGAAAACACUGACUUCAUCUCUGACAUCAGCCUGGAAGAUCUGCAGGAGAUCGGCAUCACUAAGCUCGGCCAUCAGAAGAAGCUGAUGCUUGGCGUGAGUAGACUGAAGGAGCUGCAGAAAGGAGAAAGUGGUUCUGAGCCUCCUCAGAGUCCCUCCACGCCUCCGUCCAGCCCGGGAGGCAGCGACAGCUCAGAGCCACGGAGGGAGGCCAGGAAGCAGAGGGACGGGGCCCCGAGCCCACUGGCCAAACCUCGUCCAGGUCUCAAGCAAGCACAGACCCCUCCCCAAACUCCACCACAGACCCCCCAACAUGCCCGAACCCAGCAGGCCUCCCCAAGGGCUCGGCCGCGCCCCUCCACCCAGGUGGCUGCUGUAGAUUCUUCAGUGCCGCUGCUUCGGCUGCCCAGUGAGGAGGAGGAGCGACAGAGAACUCACAGUCUCAUUGGCUCAGAAUCGGACUCCAGAUACGCCACCGUGUGCCGCAGCAGCUCCGCCCGUACUGCUGCCUCCAAUGACGUCACGGUCAACCGCAGCCAAUCAUCUGUCACCCUCCGCCCCCGUCGGAAAGGUCGGCCCCCGACGCCACCUAAACGCUCCUGUUCCUCCAUUACAGGGGGUGACGGGGAAGGGGAGGGGCAGGGGGAGGGGCUGCUGGGGCUGCCAACCUAUCGAGAGCGGCGGGCCAGUGACUGCGGCGGCCUGGGAUCAGCUUUAAGGGCUCAGGAGUCAGGAGGCCUGGAGAGGUCAGAGGGGGCUUCGGGGAGUGUUCGCAGCCUGGCUGCCAUGCUGGAAACCUCCAUGGUGGGUGGAGCCAAAACCCUGCCGAAGAAUCUGGGAAGCAGCAACAGUUACCUACAGGUGAGUCCGCCUGUGCUCCGUCGCCAGGCACACGCAGGAGGCCUUGGAUCCGAGGAGGACGAUGCCCUGAGUCGCCGCAGGACCAUCUGUGGACCGGAGGGUAUCCCUGGUGAUGAAGCUGACCUGGUACCACGGCAAGCAGCCCAGCCGCGUCCAGAGCCCAGGCCCCGAUCCACCGUGGUCUCCUCAGCACCGGAGAUCACAGACGGCACCGUGACACUCCGUAGGAAGCCGCAUCCCCCGUCAACAGACUCUAAAGCUCCAGCAUCAGAGGCAACCGGGUCAGAAACCAUACGCAGGAGACCACGCAAGUCCGAGCAUAAGGAAAAUGCCGUUAAAAGCAAUAACCAAUCGGACUCUCCGAGCAGUCACGUCGAUGUUAGCCGGAAAAAUGGAGGCCAGGUGCAGCAGAACGGCGGCGUGGUCCUGAGGCAGAGGCCCGCGUCUCAGGUCUCUGAUAGGACGGAGCCCAACAGUGAGAGCUGUGAGUGGAUGGAGGCCAGGAAGUCUCUAAAGCCGGCGGUCUCCCCCAAACCAUCCACAGUCACACUGAGAAAGACACAAGCUGAACCCCCAACACCAUCACGCAGAGUCCCCAUACCCGGACCUGAUCACGCUGAGAAGGCACAGAGUCCUGAGCCGAAGCGAGUUCCUCCUCCGGUGUCUCCAAAGCCCCGCGGCCCCCCAACAGCACCCAAACCCGGCAAAGCAAUAGUAGCCUCGGCGACCAUGAGCCCGGGCUCUGCGGCCACCAGCCCCACCCCGGCCCCCAAACCCUCCUCUCCGCUCUCCGCUGCCCCACUUCCAGCUCCCGACACCACCUCCGGCUCAUCCCUCUCUCCAGGCCUCCCUCUUGCAUCCCCCUCUCCGGCCCAGAGUCCCUCCACCCCGUCACCACACCCCGUCAAACCUCCACGCUCCUCCAUCGCCGGGCUCUCCAUCGACUUGAUGGGAGUACAGGAGGAGGAGGAGAGGAAGAGGGAAGAGGAGAGGAAGCGGGAGGAGGAAGAGCGGAGCCGAGAGAGGGAGCUUAAGAGGUACAAAGAGCAGGAGGAGGAGAGGAAGAGAGCAGAGGAAGAGAGACAGAGGGAGGUGGAGGAGACGCCCUUGAGGGAAGAAGGAGCGAGAGAGGAGGUGGAGAGUCAAGCGAUGGGAGCGGAGCAGGAGGAGGAGGGGGCUCAGCAUCGUAUGGAGGAGACCAGCGCCUCCUUGGCUGCAGCUCUUCAGGCUGUGGAGCACAAAAUCCAAGAGGAGGAUGAACAAAAUGACUCCAACUCCAGCAAGAAGUCGUCAGUUUCCAUCUUGGACGACAUCGGCAGCAUGUUCGACGACUUGGCCGAUCAACUGGAUGCAAUGCUCGACUGAUCCCCGGCCCACGCCUCAUCUCCAACAAGCCCUUCCCCCUCUCCCCCCCUCCUCCAUGUGUAGGUACAUCCAGACAGCAGCUCUCCCACGGCUGGACGCUGGUGCUCCGAGAGCGUGUGUGUGUGUUUGAGAGCGUGUCCCUCUGGUGCGAGCGCUUCUCAUGUAGCCUUGUACAGUCAAACCGUGGAGGGAGUUCCUCCUUACCUGGUGCAGUAGCUCUGUAGUCGGGCCUCCCAGUGCGAGGAGGCCGCUCCCACACAACCUCUGACCUCUGCAGCCCAGCGAGCAGCCGCCGCCUCCCUGGGCUCAGACGGCGGCGUGGACCGAGAAGCACAAUCAUUUUUCCUCAUCCUUUGAAACUCUACAGACUCUGGCGUAGGACAGAGACGCUAACUCAGUCAGACAGGGAGACAGGCAGAUGAGCAUAUUGCUUGCAAAAAAAUAAGCACAUCAACCGACAGACAGGCAGAUAGACAGACAGACAGACAAUAUGCAUACAGAUGAGGAUUUUUAAAAAGCACAUGGAAGCAGACAGGCCGCUUUCCGAGUCUGUCUCACUCCUGCGAUGUCAACAGGAUGCAAUUUUCCAGACGAAUCGUAGCCUCUGUUUCUCUUCUGUGUGAGUGGAGGAUUGUGGGUAGCUGCACUUCCUGAGCUGUGUGUUGUCUCCGUUCAUGUGGCCAUUGUUGCUGUUGUCGUUAUCGUUGUUGUCGUUUAAAGAGUGUGUGCGUGUGUAUUUCCCUGCUGAUGCUCAUUUCAGUGUCCUCCCACUCGUACAGUAGUUGUACUCAUGAUCAGAGCGACGACAUAGAUGUGUGUCCAGGAAUUUUUGGGACACACACACUCACACGCAUAUACAAACACACACACACACACACACACACACAUACAUAUUGCAUUUUUUUGUAAUAUCGCUGGUGUUCUGUUGGUGUUUAGCUCCGCCUAUGGAGGUUUGCUUGGAAAUGAAUCCACACACACACGCACAUGACAAAGACUGACACACACUCACACACAUUACAAAAAAUGAAACACACAGACAUUACAAAGACUGACACACACACCAACACACAGACAUUCCAAAGACUUACACACACACACACUUUGCAAAGACUGACUCAGACAUUACAAAGACUGACACACACACACACACAGACAUUACAAAGACUGACACACACACACACUUUCCAAAGACUGACACACACACACACUUUCCAAAGACUGACACACACACAGACAAUACAAAGACUGACACACACACACACGUAACAAAAACUAACACACACAUCCCAUACUGACACGCACACAUUUAUACAAGCACACUCAUGCUGUGUAUCCCUUUGUCCUGCUGCAGUGAACAGUGUUUUUAAAAAUUAAUCCUAUAUUUCAAUGCUUUCUAUAGUACAUCCAGUAUACAUACAUACAUAGAGUUUAUAAUAUAUCUGGGUAUUUGAGCUUUUAGAGCUCCCUCUAGUGUUGGUUAGUGAAACUGCCUCCAAUCUGCCCCCCCCUUCUCUCUCGUCCUCUUUCUUUUUAAUCUCCCUUUGUGUCCUGUCCGUUAACUCUGCAUCUUUCUGUGCCUUGGUAGUUUUCUUUCGUAUAUUCUCAAUAUAAUUUUAUAAGUUUUCCUCUCCUUAAAACCUUUUUUUCAGUUUCCUCACAAAAGCCCUUGCACCUUGUUUGUCUGUGUUGUAGCUUUAUAGUUUGACUUGUGAGUCCCUCAGUAAAUGAUCAUUGAAUUCAGUCGCCCUGUCUGAAGUCCUCCUGUAGCCAUUGAGAAGCCAUGUUUGAGCCCAUGUAAGCCCCUCUGUGUGCUGUUAGACGUCGGCUCUGCUCCUCCUCGGCUCCCCCGGUUCCCAGUGGUCCCACAUGUAGGCCCGACAGUGGAUCGGCCACCGGUGUUCAUCCCAAUGAAGAGUCUACGUGUAUUUUUAUGCUCUUUGAAAACAAAGAUAUAUUUGAGAGACAGAUGGUUCUAUGUGAAUAAAAAUACAAAAUAAUAAUGAUAAUUAUAAUAAUGAUAAAUGGUAAUUCUAGACGUUGAAUCGAGGUGAUCUGAUUGAGCCUGUGCAUUUCUGGUUGAGUUCUGGAUGUGUUGUGACGGCUGUUGUGCCGUGGUUGGGUUUUAAGGUUGUGUUUCUGCUGUGGUGAUGAUGAUGCAUUCCUUUACAGCUGUGAUCAGAAUAAAUGUGUAAAUUAAACCUUGA